AUAAGUACAACUGCCGGCCCUACAUUUGUUCAUUUCGGGCUGAUAUCUCGGUGAGAGCAGACGUUGGGCUCCAAAAAUUCCAAAUUAAAAUCAUGGUGUACCUGGUGAGGAACAAGGAGGAUCUCGACCAGCAGCUCAUCCUCGCCGAGGACAAGUUGGUGGUGGUUGAUUUCUAUGCCAACUGGUGCGGUCCGUGCAAAAUUAUCGCCCCCAAGCUGGAGGAGCUGGCGCAACAGUACUCGGACAGUGCCGUCGUCCUCAAGGUGAACGUGGACGAGAAUGAGGAAAUCACCAUCGAGUACAAUGUGACCAGCAUGCCCACAUUUGUGUUCAUCAGAGGCGGCGAUGUGCUGGAGCUCAUCGUUGGCUGCAACGCCGAGAAGCUGGCCAAAUCCAUGGAGAAGUAUGCCGUCAGCAGCAGCGAACCGGUUCACUCAUCCGAACAGCUCCUCGAUCCCGAUGAGGAAAGCAGCGCCCAUCCGAGCGCCGCCUCCAGUGACAGCGAGAACGACGUGGUCAUCUGCGAGGUGUCCGCCCACGACCAGGAGGCCGUGCUGGAGCACUAAACACCACCAACCUAAUAUCAUCCAUGUGAGGCGAAUAUGCUGCCAUUCCAGUUAAUAGAAUUCUAAGCAACACACAUCAUUCAUACAUAUGGCAAUACGGUAACAACAAACGCAAUGCACACUACACGCGCCACGCACACCAAGCACACCUAUUACACACCCAUUACACACACCCCACACUCAACACACACACACUGUGUACACUCAUGAAAUGUGGUGCUUGAAAUAGGACUGCUUGAACUUUCGAAUGCAAUUCAAAUGUAACUUGAUUGAUGUCACGGCGGCGGAGGACGCCCCAUCGAAUCUACACACUAAUAUCUUCCUGGGACUUCCGAGGACUUAUGUGAAACACCCUUUACAUACCACAAUCAUACCAAUAUGCUGUCGAUCCUACACUCUGCGAAACAAGGUGGACAUUCGACACUGCCACAAGUACUGGAGUCGUCGAAGCCACUUCUACAUUUAUGCUAACUCUUAAGUACUCUAAAUGGAAAUAUGUACAAUCGACCAAUCGACAAUAUGGAAUUAAUACGCAUUACUGGUUAUUUUUGUUCCAACACACGACAAAUAUUUGCUGCGAAAUACAAAAUACAAGCAAGAAUCAAAAUGUAAGCGCAACUAA